AUGAAAGUGGCACGAGAUAUGAGUCGAAUUGCCAAAUUGGAAGUUGGCCAAGUGAAGUCCUCCAAAUUGUUAAAAACUGUUCACGAAUUGGACAUGUUGCAACAAUCGACAAAACUUGUGAAAAGUGCUCUUCAUUCCUUCAUGAAAUAUAUUCCACAAGAUAUUGUCAGAGAUAUUGUAAAGAAUGGAGUUGGAGCCAAGUUAGGAGUUACAAGUUGUAAUACGUCCAUCAUGUUCACAGAUAUUGCAGAUUUCACAAACUUUUCAGAGUCCUCACAUGUGAAUGUCUUAUUGAAAGUGUUGUCAGAAUAUUUUAGAAUUAUUACUACGGCUGUGGAGGCCAACCAUGGCGUCAUUGAUAAAUUCAUUGGUGACGGAACCAUGAGCUUGUUUUCUCAUCCGCUUUAUCAAGUCGACGACCAUGCAGAGAGGUGUUGUCAUGCUGCAUUGCAAGCUUUGGUGGAAAUUGAAAAAUUUAGACAUGUAUGUAAGAGAGAAGGUUGGCCAGAAGUGAGAAUUCGAGUUGGUAUCAAUUCAGGAAAUUCCAUGAUUGGAAAUGUUGGAUCAAAAGAGCGUUUCAAUUAUACUGCUAUUGGUGAUACAGUCAACACCGCAGGUCGAUUAGAAACUCUCAAUAAGAGGUAUGACACCACCAUUCUUAUUGGCCAAAAUACUUACGAAUUAAUCUCCAAAAAGUUUGUGUGUUUCUUUGUCGACGUCGUCAAGUUGAAAGGAAAAGCAAGACCGAUUGAAGUGUACACAUUAGAGGCUGAAAUCUCUGAAUCCUCCAAAAAACAAGUAGCUAUUCAAGAUUCUCUUCUCAAAGCAAAGGAUUUCAUGUUACAUCGAAAAUACACCGAGAUGAAUGAAGCUCUGGAUAAUUUGAUUGAAAGUAUGGAUCAGUGGAUUGAAACGGAAAAUCAAAAGCAUGCAUUUACAGACGAAGUGACGGAGCUUAAUUCUCUUCGAUCAAGUGUUCAGUUCUAUGGAAACCGUAAUAUUUGUUUCUCGAAUUUGAAUUUUGUGAAGGAGUUGAGAAAGAGAGGUAACGAGUUGCAAAAAUUGUCACAAUCAAGCACAGUGGUGACAAGUGUGUUGGACUAUUCUCUCGCACUUAAUGAAAAGUAA